UUACAUUAUCCCGGUGACGUCGCCAACGGAAGUUCUUUAUCCGCUGCAGUUUACACUCAAACCACUGUUGUUGUGACGUUAGCUAAUUUCUUUGGGUUAGCUUAGCCGUUACCUUAGCCGCUAGCUUAGUUAGGUCUCUUGUGAAGAAGACACUGCGACGUCGGUGGAGUCCAACAUGGAGGACAGGUACAUUAAACCAGGUAACCAGGAGCGGGGCUGGAACGACCCCCCUCAGUUCUCCUAUGGGCUCCAGAUGGCCCACGGGCCACAGAGGAACCUCCUGAACAAGAGAGCUGCUGCACCGGCAGGUACAGGGGCCCCACCCAUUACCCCUCCCUCCUCCAGUCCUAUGGCUCCUCCUCCUCCAAGUGAUCUUACGCCGCCGCCGCCUCCUCUAGGCCCAGCUCGUCCUCCUCUGGGCUGCAGUACCACGCAGAAGGGGAGUGGUCCCUUUCUCGGACCACUGAGAAGUCAGAGGGACAAAGACAGCAGCCAUUCAGAGGCCGAGCCGGACGUAGAGGGCCUGAUGUUGGUGUUGAACCAAGCGCUCGAUGCCUGCAGACCGACUGUUAAAGACCAGGUGUGUAGUGAUGUUGCAAAGAGGCUCCGCCUCCUGGAGGCCAGCUGGAGGUCAGGUACACUCAGCCUACCUGUGAGGAGACGCAUGGACACUCUCUCUUUAGAGUUACAGUCUGGUCGCUGGGACUCAGCUGACGACAUCCAUCGCUCCCUGAUGGUCGAUCAUGUGACUGAAGUCAGCCAAUGGAUGGUUGGUGUCAAACGACUUAUCGCUGAGACCAGAAACCUGAAUCCAGAACGUUUAGAACCACUUCAGAAACCUCUGGGACCGGCCCACGACACUCCAGCACCACAUCAGGACUCUACAGCACCAGACCACGACCAUGGGGCACCAGUCUAGGACUCUACAGCACCAGACCACGACCAUGGGACCCGGUCUAGGACUCUACAGCACCAGACCACGACCAUGGGACCGGGUCUAGGACUCUACAGCACCAGACCACGACCAUGGGGCACCAGUCUAGGACUCUACAGCACCAGACCACGACCAUGGGACCGGGUCUAGGACUCUACAGCACCAGACCACGACCAUGGGACCCGGUCUAGGACUCUACAGCACCAGACCACGACCAUGGGACCCGGUCUAGGACUCUACAGCACCAGACCACGACCGUGGGACCCAGUCUAGGACUCUACCGCACCAGACCACGACCCUGACAGAGUCCCAGCAGCCGGAAGGGGGUCCUGGGAGUCUCUCGACCUUUCUAAGAACUGAAGUUAUCUAUUGUUGUUUCCACCAACCAGCGAAGGUCUCUCCUCAUAACCAAUAAAUCUUAGCAGUCUUUGGAUCGUUUCCUUGUGUUCGUCCUUCAUAUUGUAAGCUGUUGGAUCUAACCCCAGAGUUGCUCAAGAGCACUACGGCAGAACAGCAACAACAUCAUCACCCUACCACUAAACCUCCUAGUGGAACCGUUACUCGUGGACAACAACAGAAGAAGAACCUGACGGCGUCAGUUUCCUCUAUAGAUGAAAACAUUCAAAGUGCUCAGAGUGAUUUAGAAAAUAAAAGGCCGCAGAAGAAUAUGACAAAAUAAAAAUCUUUUUAUAAAUGA